AUGUCCACAAAGACUGAACAAGAAUGGCGAGCUGUCUUAUCGCCCGAACAGUUUCGCGUACUUCGUCAAAAAGGUACAGAAGCUGCCGGAACUGGGGAAUACAACAAGUUUUAUAAGAAAGGUGUCUAUCAUUGCGCCGGUUGUGACUCCCCACUUUAUGUUUCGACCACAAAGUUUGACAGCGGAUGCGGAUGGCCUGCAUUCUUUGAAGGCAUUCCAGGUGCUAUUACAAGACAUGAAGAUGUAUCUCAUGGUAUGGUACGCACUGAAAUCUGUUGUGCUAAAUGUGGUGGUCAUUUAGGACAUGUAUUCAAAGGUGAAGGCUUCAAAACACCCACUGAUGAAAGACAUUGCGUCAAUAGUAUUAGCUUAAAGUUUAAUGAAUAA